GGGCUGUAACAUUCCUGGUCGUCGCUGGUUUUUUUUUUAUAAACCACCUCACACAAAAUAAAUUUGGAGCUCAUCACUCUUUCGACAAGUAUCAUACGUGUAGGAACGAAUCGCCGAAUUAAUAGAUAUCAUUAUUACAAAUGGCUGAUAAACGCCUUACCGAUGGGCAGCCCAUUUAUACUACGAGUGGGAAAACAAGACUACAGCUGGAAAGGGAAAAUCAAGCUCUAUGGAAGAAGUCUGAGGAUCUUCGGAGACUUCUUGACCAUCUACCCGACAAAGAUGCACGUAUCCUCGAUACAAAUUCCGCACAAGAACUUGCGGGAUUACAUAAUCUUAUACACAGGGUGGCGGCUAAAGUAAAUCCUGAAGUUGAUGGACCUAGGUUUUCGCAGUCAUUCGAUAAAAUAGAAGGCAAUAUUUUCAGACUGGCCAGCGAUUGGAUGAAGACAUAUGGAGAUGGUACACCGCGUAACAAAGUUUCCGCGACGAGAUCUAAGGCGACAGAAUGGAUGAGAAGAUUCCCGGAUAUUGUCAGGCUAUCUCGAUACGACCCGAACGGUACGCUAGUAAUUCAAGCUGCGGUUACGCGAUGGUUACACCUUGAAAUCUUUUCUAGGGAUUUAUCGGGAAUUUUCCCAAACGUGGAAGAAUUGUUCGAUGCUUUUUUCCUAGAGAGGGUAGAUAAUCCCAAGCGAUCCGUGCUGGAGCAAAGACGAUGGUAUCAGUUGACCUACGCAAGCAUAGUAGCCCAUCCAGACUACCCACAGGCGCGUGAGACUCGAGAAACGGAAUUGGCAACAGAUCUUGAGCAGCUCUUUUCCUUCUUACACCCUGAUGUCGAAACGUAUCAGCGCGUGCUUUCAGAUAUCAUCAGACCUGCGAUGAGCCUCCAGGAGCGAACGGCCCUCACGGUACAGCAGCCCGCACUCAAUUUUUACGACAUUCCGACGAACCCUACGGCUGAAUAUCUUGAGCAAUUCGCAAAUACGGCAGUUGCCGCGCUCACGUGCGUGGAUGCUACUAAUAAUCAUCGUAAAAUCGACUUUACCGAGGAAAAUAAGGGGGCGUUGGCAAAGACCGUGUUGCCAAUUUGCAGUCUAAGUCCUGUUAUCACUUUUAGAGAAAUAGAGAUGCUUGGGGGGGUAACCUUAUCUCAUCGUGGAUUCGUCGUGUGUACCAAUGGAGACGAAGAAACCAAAGCAAAGCACUUACUGGGGAUCAAGCCUAGCAUCUUCUACGAGUGUCUUGUACCAAACCAAAUCUAA